GGGCUGGCCCGUGGUUGUCACGUGACACCUCUGACUUGCGAGUGCUAGCCAGGCAACCGUCCUAGAGACUGACGCCGCUGGCCACACCAUGAACGUGAUCUACCCGCUGGCGGUGCCCAAGGGGCGCCGGCUCUGCUGUGAGGUGUGCGAAGCCCCGGCUGAGCGGAUGUGCACGGCCUGUACAGUCACUUAUUACUGUGGUCCUGUGCAUCAGAAGGCUGACUGGGGCAGCAUCCAUGCAAAGAUAUGCCAGCUGCUGAUCCCUCUGCGCACCAGCAUGCCCUUCUUCAACUCAGAGGAGGAGAGGCAGCAUGGUCUGCAGCAGCUGCAGAGGCGGCAGGAGCACUUGAUUGAAUUCUGCUACACUGUUGCCCAGAAAUAUCUCUUUGAAGGAAGACAUGAAGAUGCCGUCCCUGCAGCUUUGCACUCCCUUCGCUUCCGCAUGAAUGUGCAUGGCCUGAGCUCAGUCGAGCUUGUGCCUGCUUACCUGCUCCUGGCUGAGGCCAGCCUUGGUCUGGGCCGGAUAGUGCAGGCUGAAGAAUAUCUAUCCCAAGCUCAAUGGACAGUCCUCAAGUCAACUGACUGUAGUAACGCCACCCACUCUUUACUGCAUCGGAACCUGGGCCUUCUCUACAUAGCCAAGAAGAACCUCGAGGAAGCCCGGUACCAUCUGGCUAAUGAUAUUUAUUUUGCCAGUUGUGCAUUUGGGACAGAAGACGUCAGGACCUCAGGAGGCUACUUCCACCUGGCCAACAUUUUCUAUAGCCUUAAGAAAAUGGAGCUGGCUGACACACUGUAUACAAAGGUCUCGGAGAUUUGGUACACAUAUCUGAGCAGUCACUAUCAAGCCCUCUUGCAUGCUCGUACCCAACAGACAGAUUUACUGGGCAAACAGUUUAUGAAUGACACCGGCUUGGAUGAAGCCCAGGAAGCAGAAGCCAUUCGGAUCCUAACUUCAAUCCUGAUCAUUCAGGAAUCUACUUCCACUCAAGCGCCCCAAAAAGGCAUCCUUAUUCUUAAGACUCUGGGCAUACUUUACUAUCUGAUGUUGGAGUUUUCAAAGGUGUGGGCCUGCUUUGCUUCUGCUCUUGGAGUAUCCAGGCACCAACAUGGACCUGGCUGGAAGGAAGGGAAAGAGACUUGUCUGGGUGGUUGACUUCCCGGGUCCUUGGUCCAGCCUAGUGAGUGCUCGGGGAGAAAGCCUUCUCCGUGAAGAUUUUCAGUGUUACAGCUCUUCUCUACAGCUCUUCUCUACCGUGGGACGGGGACAUGACAUGGCUUUUCUAGACGAUGUUCUGUGAAAGAGCCCCUCUUUACUUGUAGGUAACCGGCUAUAUAAACCUUGGGGAGUGGGUAGGGGUUUGUGGGAGAUUAUAUACAUUAUAGGCUGGGGCUGAGGGGCUGGGCAUGCUUUAUCUGCAUGAAGAGGGAUUCCAGGUACUUUGGCCAUCAAGGCUGAUGAAGGUGGAGGAAGUGGGGAGGUCAGGGCUACAAAGGCAUGCAGGCCUAGAACAACUAGGGAGUGAUCCUUACUCUUGUUGGUCUCAAGAUGAGAUUGGACACAUCCUAACCUCACUCUUGCUUCAGGCCCAUGUUGUGCCCACCCUGCCACCCACCUCCCACCCACACCCACCCUCCUACCCUCUACUCUCCCACCCCCAUGCUCCCUUGACCCACACUCAGGAGGUAGAGACAGUAGGACCAUAAAUUCAAGGUCAUUCUCAACUAUACAGCAAGUUUGAGGUCAGUCUGGGCUAUGAGAGAACCUGUCUCAAAAUAACCCCUAGUAUCAUCGUGUUUUUCUUAUCGUGCUGUCUGUCUUUCCUGUUCUGUGUAUGGUUCACAAGGACACGGGUUUCUGUCUGCGUCCCCUGGCAGAUAGCAGCCAUCUGAUAACGAGAAAAGGGCAAAGGGGAUAGAAACCAGAGACUGCCCUGAGGUAGAUAGCCCACGAAGCCUCUGUCCAAGUCAGAACUCAGGGCCCCAAGGUCUCCGGGACAUUCUGCUUCUGGCACCUGUGAGCCCUCUGCCUCCUGGUUCUGCUCCACGGCUUAAGACCAUCCCGGCUAGUUCUCACUCUGCUAAGGAGGUCUACCUGCCUGUCACUUUCUGGUCAAGUCAGGUGAGCUUUCCCUGGCUGGGGAGAGAAGGCGAUCGAUCGAUCUCUCCCCAGUUUCUGAGCUAAGCACAAAAUCCUUUCUCAUUGUUACUCUUCCCUGUGGCAGCUUCCACUCAGCACUGCAAUUCUGUUUCAGGCGAAGGAAUAUGCCACGAAAGCCCUCAGUCUAGCUGAGGUGUAUCUCAGUGAGGAGGAGCAAGGGGUUAUUCAAGAGUUGCUGAGUGCCAUCUUGGCUGAGGAGAAGCAGCUCACGACCUAGAGGCCACCUUGCUGGUGCUGCCGUGGGCUGUGGGCUGUGGGCUGUGGGCUGACUAGUGGUGCAGAGCUGCUCACAGGUCCUCUGGCCUGCUCCCACCCCUCCCUGGGGACCGCCUGAGGGGCUGUGAUCCUGUCAGCUGGUGACCUAGAGCUUUGGGCGCAGUGUUCAAUAAAAUUUGUUUAUCAUGA